AUAUAUAAAAAUAUACAUAUUAGACGCGAAAAAAAAAGACGUGUUCAUUAUCAAAACACCAUGGUUAGAAUUACAAAUAAUCUUUACCAGGAUGCAUAUGAAUACAUUAAACGCGAUUCUUCAGAAGGCAAUUGUAUUGUAUUUGUUGCCGCUGAUAUUGAUUCUAUUUGUGCAGUUCGUAUAUUUCAGUCUUUAUUAAAAACUGAUAUCAUUCCACAUAAGAUUGUACCUGUUUCAGGUCAUAAAGAUCUCGAAGAUGCCAAUGAAAAACUUAUUUCAAAAGAUGAAAAUUUACGAUCUAUAGUAAUGAUUAAUUGUGGAGGUAGUGAAUUGAUUGCUAAUCUCUUUACAGCACCUCCUGAAACCAAAGUUUAUGUAAUUGAUAGUCAUCGUCCUUUAUUACUUGAUAAUUUACUUUCCGAAAACAACCAUAUUUGUGUAUUUGAUGAUGAAAGUCAGACAACACGUGUUGAAGCAGCCAUUGAAGCUUAUGAAAAAUUAAUUGCUUAUGAAGAUGAAGAGAGCGAUGAAGAUAAUAAUGAUCAAGAUUCAGAAAAUGAAGAACUAGAUGAGGAUGAUAGACCUAUUGAUGAUCGCCCAAGACAGAGAAGAAGACUUAAUGAGAGUACACGUCUUUCAAAGAGAAAUGAAAGACGCCACUUGAAUAGUAUUGUUGCUAAUUAUUAUGGAAAUGGAUCAUUUUAUGCCAAUUCAGUAUCAGGGGUUGUUUAUGAAUUAGCACAACAGUUGGGCAAGACAAAUAAUGAAUUAUUAUGGCUAGCCAUUGUUGGAGUCACCUCUCAAUAUAUAUUUGAAAAAAUGGAUACCUUUACUUAUGCAAAAUAUUUGGAAAUGUUUAAAGAUGAUCGAGCAAGACUCAAUAUUGAUAGAACAGAAGAUGGUUCAUUACAGAAUGCAAAUAGUAUUGUUAUUAAAUCAGAAGAUGAAUAUCGUUUUAUUAUGUUUCGACAUUGGAGUCUUUAUGAUAGUAUGUAUCAUUCAGGAUAUGUAUCAAGUAAAUUAGGUGUAUGGAAAGAUGCAGGAAGGAAAAGAUUAAAUAAUAUGUUUGCAAAAAUGGGCUUUUCACUUCAGCAAUGUCAACAGAUAUAUACACAUAUGGAUAUGGAUUUAAAACAAAUACUCAGAGAUAAGAUCGAAGUUGUCGCGCCACUUUAUGGACUUACGGAUAUUUGUUUUCCUAGCUUUACGAGAACUUAUGGCUGGGAAUGUUGUUUAUCAGCCAGUGAUGUAGUCUAUUCACUUUCAACUCUAUUAGAAACAAGUCCUGCAGCAGCAAUACAAUUAGGGACAGCAGUCAAUAUAAAAGAAACUGAAGAAGAGUCGUUUACAGAUAAUGAAGAUGAAGACCCUAAAGACGACAGUGGCAAGACAGCUGAAAUGGGUCGACUUAACAGUAGCAACGGAUAUAAUAAUCAUGGUCUAUUAGGCAGUGAAAGAAGCAAAUGGUGGAUGAAGAAUUUCUAUGCAGCCUAUGAUGCAUUAAAUGGCAAUUCACCCUCGAGUCUUCUACGUGGACUUAAACUAUGUAUGAAAACUCAAAAGACAAUUGUUCGUCAAGGAACAAGUAUUAUUGAAAAGAAGAUGGUGAAAAUCUUUAAAAACUUUCGAUUUGUAAACGUUCGUAAUGGACCUGACCUUCCUAUCUUUCAACAUCCAUCUGCAUUAACAAAACUUGGAUUAUAUCUAAUUGAUGCGUAUAGAGAACAUGGAAAGAAAAAUUUACCUAUUGUAUUAUCUUCACUAGAUGAAAAGCAUGGUACCUGUUUAUUAGUUGCAUUAACAGGUGCAGCUUCAUUUGGUGAAAUUCGUAAAAAUAAAUUUAAUAUGGCAUUUGAAGAGGCAGCAGAGAAUACCAAAGCAAGAAUAUCAUUUGAUAGCUUCGAUCCAUCUAUUAUACAAGUGCUUGAUGCUGAUGUUGAACAUUUUAUUGAAGCUUUAUCUAAAAAGCGAUAAUUUAUUGUAAUGUAUAUACAUAAUAUAUACUCAUAUAUACCUGUUUUUAUGUAAAUAACAUAUAUAUAUAUAUAUGUAUAUAUAUAACAUAUAAUAUAUAUAUAUAUAUAGUAG